AUGCUCCACCGCCCCUUCUCCACCUCUCCUCCAGCACGAGCAAGCAUCCUCUUCGCCCUCAACGCCCUCUCCAACUCCCGCGAAACUCAACACUUCAACAAGCUCACACGCCUCCCACGCACCGAGCACUCGCCGCCUCUCAAGCUGAUCCAGACGGGCGAGAUUAUCCCGUACCCACUGCCCAGUCCGCCGCCGAAAGCUGCUGUGCCGCGGGCAGUAUGGCCGAACGCGGAUACGAAGAAUGCUGCGAGGGUGUGGGACGAGAAAGCCUUGAACAUCGGCAGAGCACUACUAUCCCAACAAGCACAACAGACAUCCCACCUCCAACGCUCUCUUGCCCGAGCUCAGCGACGACAUCUCAAAGCCGACAAGCUCAUCACUCGUGAACGACAGACCUGGCAGACCGAACGCAAGAGACUCCGGGACGAGCUACGCACAGCUGGUAUCUGCAUCCUGCUCUCGAUAGGCGCAGCGACCGCGCUGGCGACAUGGCGAUUCUGGCCCGGAACGCGGGAGAGCGCGGUGGACUCUGGUGAGCUGGGGAGGAGGAUCGCUGCGAGGGCGGCAGGUGCGAUGCCGUUGCCUGCUGCUGUGAGGGAGGUUCCUGUGGCAGCUGCGCCGAGGGCGGUGGAAGUGACGCCUGUGGCUGCUGCCCCGGCCACGAGAGCAGUGGAAACAGCGGCGAGCAAGGGACCGAGUGCUUCAAAAGAGGUGUCUGCAGUGGUUGCACCGGAGCAAUCUUCUUGGUGGCAGGGUCUGUUCUGGAAGCAGUAG